UUUUUUUCUCACACAUAAAACACAUAAAGAUAAUAAUCAAAAAGAAGCGCUAUUUAAAUUUAAUUUAAGUUACUUUGUUAUCUUACGUUGAACAAAAAAAUCUGUGAAACAAGGAGUAAAAGGUGCCAUUACAUGGGUCCUUGCAUCAUUGUUUCUUUCUGUAACAAGUUUUGCAUUCAUAUGGUAAUUGGCGCUAAUCGCUUUUAUCUCACCAAAGUCGUUAAAACGUAUGAUAAUCAAACAAAUUUAAAAUUAACAUACAAUACGUUUUAUGUUUAUCAUUUCUUUAUCUUGCAUCUGUUUAAAAAAUUAUUGUUUUAUUAAAAGCUUUUUUUUUAUUAUCAUACCAACAUUUUUUUUUUAAAAAAAAACAUUCAUUAGCUUCCUUAAAAA